GACUCCUCCACCAGUGGCAUAGUCUCACCGGAAUUCCAGAACCCCGCACACGGAAACCGACUUUUGGGCAGAUUCACCGAGUUACCUUCUCUGCAUGGAAGGCUUGUUGAAUCCCUUCUAGUCCCGAUCUUUUCUUGACCCUUGAAUCGCAAAUACCCAACCCCUCACCAUGCCCACCAUCUCGGUCGACAAGGCCGCACUCUUCAAGGAGCUCGGACGGGAGUAUACCACUGAGGAAUUUGAUGAGCUCUGUUUCGAAUUCGGUAUCGAACUCGAUGAAGAUACAACAGACUCGGAGCGACCAAUCGUGAAUGGACAGCAGGAGCCUCCUCAGCUCAAGAUCGAGAUCCCGGCUAACCGAUAUGACUUGCUUUGCUUCGAGGGGAUUGCCCUCAUGCUUAAUAUCUUUUUGGGCCGGAAGCCUCUGCCCAACUACAAACUAGUUGAGCCCACCAGCGGUGAGCUGCAGAAAAUCAUUGUCAAGGAGGAUACUAUGAAAAUCCGACCUCUGGUCUCUGGCGCUAUCCUACGGAAUAUCAAAUUCGACCAAGCUCGCUAUGAAUCCUUCAUCGCCCUGCAAGACAAGCUCCACCAGAAUCUUGCAAGGCAAAGAACUCUCGUUUCGAUCGGUACUCACGACUUGGAUACGAUACAAGGACCUUUCACCUACGAAGCCUUGCCGCCUAAAGAUAUUAAAUUUAUCCCAUUGAACCAGACCCAGGAAAUGAACGGGGAGGAGUUGAUGAACUUCUACGAGAAAGACAAGCACUUGGGCAAAUUCCUUCACAUUAUCCGCGACUCACCUGUCUACCCCGUCAUCUAUGAUUCGAAGCGGACAGUUUGCUCCCUGCCUCCCAUAAUCAACGGUGACCACUCCAAGAUCACCUUGGAUACUAAGAAUGUUUUCAUCGAGAUCACUGCUCUUGAUAAGACGAAGGUCGAGAUCGUCAACAAGAUCAUGGUUUCGAUGUUCUCCCAAUAUACUUCGGAGCCCUUCACAAUCGAGCCAGUGCAGAUUGUCUCGGACCACAACGGCGAGACUAGAAUCACGCCGGAUAUCGCUCCUCGCACAACCCAGGCAGAAGUUUCUUAUAUCAACGAGUGCUGUGGCUUGGAGCUCUCUGCGGAGGAAAUUUCGAAGAUCCUCACCAAGAUGGCCUAUAGCGCUAGGCCCUCGGCAACACCCGGCUUGAUUGAUGUAGACGUUCCCCCAACUCGCGCUGAUGUUCUGCAUCAGGCAGACAUUAUGGAGGAUGUCGCUAUUGCUUACGGUUUCAACAAUCUGCCACGGUCCUUCCCAAGCAAGUCUGGCACCAUUGCUCAGCCCCUACCAAUUAACAAGCUCACCGACAUUGUCCGAACGGAGGCUGCAAUGGCAGGCUGGUCUGAGGUAUUGCCUCUUAUCCUCUGCUCCCAUGACGAGAACUUCGCCUGGCUCAACCGCAAAGAUGAUGGCAAUACUGCCGUUAAGCUGGCCAACCCCAAGACAUUGGAAUUCCAAGUCGUCCGCACAAGUCUUCUGCCUGGUCUCCUGAAGACUAUCCGUGAAAACAAGCACCACACGGUCCCCAUGAAGAUCUUCGAAGUCAGCGAUGUGGCGUUCAAGGACCUUUCCCUCGAGCGUAAGAGCCGUAACGAGAGACACUUUGCCGCUGCUUGGUACGGCAAGAACAGUGGAUUCGAGGUCGUCCACGGUCUUCUGGACCGCGUUAUGUCCAUGCUCAAGAGCGCUUUCAUCACAGGCGAGGAGGGUCUCGAAAACCCCGAUAUGAGCGACUCUCAGUACUGGAUUGAGGAGCUUGACGAGCCAACCUACUUCCCUGGUCACGCUGCCUCCGUCCACGUGCGCAUCGGCGGAAAAGAGCACGUCAUUGGUGCUUUCGGUAUCCUGCAUCCUACAGUAUUGGAGAAGUACGAGCUGAAAUAUCCCGUCAGCACUCUGGAGCUCAACAUCGAGGCUUUCCUAUAAGCCAUGGUAUUAGAUCUCGGAAGGAGUGCGUAGAUUUUGGAUGUCUCAUGGUUCAGAUAUAUGUUUAGAGAUAGCUGAUGUCAUGAAUGAGCAUUAUAAAACGAAAUAAAAGUGAAAUUAAGAUACAAGUGCUAUUAUCAAUACUAUGUCAAAAGCAAAUCCAUGUCUUGUAAUCAAGAGGCUAAGGCGUCGGUUGAUACUGCAAUGCCGUGACACUGCGGGACUACACAAUGAUUAGAUAAAUAACCGCAAGCGCUUUCACUCUAAACUGCUACAAGAUUUGAUUACGUCUGUCCCAGGAGACUUAGAUUCGUGUCACAUAAUGAACCGUUAAAGCUUUUUUAUUUGC